AUGGGUCUAGGAGAUAUAAUUCGGUAUGUUUUAUGGCCGGUAUUUGCCCCCAUAAGGCUAAUUAUAUCUCAAUUGAAUGCAAAAUUACUAGAUCAAAGCAGGCGGCUAACUCUUAGUAGCGAUGGCUUAAGCGAAUCCCCUCGAUUAAUGAUUGAACCUCCUUCAAACGAACAAGAAAUCGCCGUGGAGUCCGAUGCUACAAACGAAGUGAUUCUGCCAGAAAUGGAUGAUUUGAAAGGUUCCGUUGAGGAAUCAGACGCUUCCUCUUUUCAUGAAUAUCCGUCUAUAUCCAUUGAUGAUUCACACAAUGUGGGGUGUGAAGAAGGGUUUCUACAUACUAUAGAUGUCCACUUGAGGUAUCAGUUAGAUCAAUUUGGAAACACUUUAACUGGUUUAAGCGAAAACCAAAAUGUUACUGUUAUACUUUCACUUUGCAUGUUAAUAUUCUUAAGCGGAAUUAUAUUCAAACUAGUACUGAAAAUUUCAAUUGUAAACCAGGGUGAAAAAUCCCCGAAUCAAUACAGCUUCGUAAUUGAUUCUAAUGAUGUCAGUGAAUCUAAUGAGUUGGAAAACAAUCAAGAACAAGAAGAACCUUCUCAAAUAACCAGAGCCGGCGUCUUACAACCAAUUGAUAUCAACAGCAAGGAAAGCGUGUCUCACGAGGCAAAAGAAAUAGCGAAGGAACACAUUGUUUUAGCAGAUUGGAAGGAUACUGAGUUUGAACUCAAUGAAAAUAUUAAUGACGAGCCUUUGAUUCAAAGUUUCGAUAAGGAUUUCACCGAAGAAAAUAAGGAAAAUAUAGAAGAAAUCCCUUCCAAAAUCACUAUAAAUCCUGGAACUUUGAUCAAAAGCUCCAAAGCUCAAAUCAUAGAAACCAUAUCCAAAGAUGAAUGGUCAGAUCUUAAUUUAA